GACAUUCCCCCCUCCCCUUUCUCCCCCGGUGUGAGUGACGCAGGCUCUGUGUCUCCGGCAAGAUGGCGGCCCGCUGCUCCUCGCGCUGGUUCUCCGUUGCUCUGAGCGGGGCUCGGAGUCAGCUCACACCGGCGUCCCAUUGCUGGCGCCGGGGGGAGGGAGCCUUGGUGCUGCUGCUGAGCCUGCGGGCGGCCGCCCCCCGGGUAUCUGCAGGAGCCUACGCGGGACAUGUCUCACAGUUUCACACAAGUUCCUCAGUCUGCAGCAAGACAGACUUUUACCAGGUUUUGGGGGUCCCGAGGAACGCCAGCCAGAAAGAGAUCAAGAAGGCGUAUUACCAGCUGGCCAAAAAAUACCAUCCAGACACAAACAAGGAGGACCCUCAGGCCAAGGAGAAGUUCUCUCAGUUGGCAGAAGCAUAUGAGGUUCUCAGCGAUGAAGUGAAGCGCAAGCAGUAUGACGCGUACGGCACUGCUGAUUUUGCAGCGGGUGCCAGCGGAGGUGGACAGCAGUAUUGGAGAGGUGGUCCCACCGUCGAUCCGGAAGAACUAUUCCGCAAGAUCUUUGGGGAGUUUUCAGGAUCGCCCUUUGGCGACUUCAGUAGCGCCUUCGAUCAGCCACAAGAGUACAUCAUGGACCUCACGUUUACCCAGGCAGCCAAGGGGGUGAACAAAGAGCUGUCGGUUAACAUCACAGAGAGCUGUCAGAGGUGCAAUGGGAAAGGAAAUGAGCCUGGCACGAAACUUCAGCGCUGUCACUACUGCAACGGCACUGGCAUGGAGACUAUUAACACCGGCCCCUUUGUAAUGCGAUCGACGUGUCGGCGCUGUGGUGGGCGGGGUUCCACCAUGACCAAUCCCUGUAUGUCCUGCCAUGGGAGUGGAGAGACGAAGCAGAGGAAGUCUGUAACCGUGCCGGUGCCUGCUGGUGUGGAAGAUGGGCAGACUGUUCGGAUGCCGGUGGGAAAGAAGGAAAUCUUCAUCACGUUUCGGGUUCAGAGGAGUCCCGUCUUCAGGCGUGAUGGGGCAGAUAUCCACUCGGACCUGAAUAUUUCCAUCACGCAAGCAGUCUUAGGUGGGACGUCCCGGGCGCAAGGACUGUAUGAACCGAUCAAUGUCGCCAUACCAGCUGGCACACAGCCAGAUCAGAGCAUUAGGAUCAGUGGCAAGGGCAUCACAAGAAUGAACAGUUACGGCUAUGGUGACCACUACAUCCAUAUCAAGUUGAAGAUUCCAAGGAACCUGACAGACAGUCAGCGGGCACUGAUGCUGAGCUUCGCAGAGGAGGAGACUGACGUGGACGGCACAGUGAACGGGAUUACAAACACAAAUACAGGCAGCGCCCAGCAGAGAUCUGCAGCUGUUGAGGACAGUCCUGAGGCUGAGCAGGCAGGGGAGAACAAGGAGGGAUUCCUAAACAAACUAAAGAAAAUGUUUAGUUCUUGACGGAAAGAAGAGAUCAACGGGAAACUAAGAAAUAGUUUGGACUCUUCUGUCCGUGGAUCCAUAGAACUUUGUAAUGUGGCACCUUAACGUCUGGAACUUUCCUUGUCCGACACCAGGCGGACCAGCAAGACCUCAUCAGCACGCUGCCUUCUGCUCUUCCACCUGGGGCUCCGCUCUGUAAAUGAAGGACUUUCCGGGACUGGCCAAGCUUUAGUUCCUUUCAAUUCAAAUCCCUUUUGUGUAAUUCAUUCAUUGUUCCUUCAUGGCAAAGUUGUAGUGCUGACUCCUAUAACAGACCUGUUAGUUCUCACUAUGAAAACGGUAAGGUCCACUGUUCUAGGUACCCAAACUAAGCUUUACUUGGUAUGCCACAAGGGUCAAGAUUAUAAAAUGCAAUACUUUCUCCUCCUGAUACAGAAAAUGAUUAAUAGAACAUGUUAAUAGGAAAAUAAAUGAUCCAGUUAUAGCUGAUGUGAAGCAUAAUUUACUGCACUGAGAUUUGGAUGUGGUAGCCUGGCACCUGAACGUUCUUAUGUUCUACAGCCACUAGGAUAGAUUACUGCAGGUGUUAUUACAUAGGUAAGCCACUGGCUGUGACUCUUCCUAAACGAUAACUUGUGUUCACUUGCUGGCAAAAUACGUGAUUGGGAAGCUUUGGCCACACAGUUUGUGGAUAAGAACUACUGUAGACUUGAAUUAGAAUAUAUGGCCCAUGUUCUAAGCUUUUUGCUGUGUAUUUUCUGUUUUAUUUUAAAACCCAAAAUCUGUUAACCCUUACUGUAUACAGAUAUCCGCAUUUGCGCUGUUAUAUGCGCAAGUAUUAAUUUCAGUAAUAAAUCUUGGCAUACCUUGUGUUCCUGUCGGAAGGGAGCAAUGCACGUCUGUCUUCUCUGUGACUGAAAAUGUCCUGCUCUUGGAGUAUGGAUAAAAUUGAGAGUUCCUCUCCUAGAGGGGGCUACAAAGGACUAUGGCGUGUAGACUACUAAAUUGUAACAUUAAUGCUCAUUUUAGGUCAAUGUCAUUUUGUUGCAGUCCAGGUCCAUAAUGUGUUUUUUUCCAAUGCUCAUCUAAUGUAGAUGUUUUGCUGCUGCUCUUAUUCCAAUUAGCCUAUAAAAUUUCCAACAUUCA